ACAGCCAGUGUACCUUUACAUAUUUAUUUACUUCUAAAAAAUAUAAACACUAUGUUGAAGUUGGAAUAACCGAUAAGAUACAAAUUGAAUUGUGAAACGUGUAAAAAUUAAAUAUUUGUGUUGAAGACAUGAAACUUUUAAGUGAGAUGGAGGAUUUUAAAUUAGUGAAGAGUCCCAUAACAGUUGAAACAGAAGAUAUCGCCAUAGAACAGCUUCGAGAAACUCCAGAAAAUGUAAAAAAGGGGUUGGAGGAGCUUAGAGCCUUGUUAAAAAAUGACAACACUAUUUAUUUUAAAGAUGACGAUGAUACUCUAAAAGCAUUCUUAAGACCAACUAAAUGGUAUGCUAAAAGUGCACAUGGUCUAAUGAAACGGGCGGCGGAAUUUAAAGAAAAAUACUGCGAUUUAUUGGAUGCACUUUUACCUAAUGAUGAAAAAAGAGCGUUUACUGAAGAACGAGUAAUAAAUGUAUUGAAAGGAAGAGAUCAGAAAGGACGAAGAGUUUUAAUUGUAAACUGUGGAGAAAUGUGGGAUCCCUUAAGAAUAUCAUCAGAUCAAAUAUUUCGACUAUUUUAUUUGAUUCACCAAGCUGCAUUGUUGGAAGAAGAAACACAAGUGAGAGGAGUAGUCAUCAUUAUGGAUUUCGAGGGUAUGGGAAUGAAACAUGUUAAAGCUCUAUCUCCCAGUUUUAGUUUUAAAAUAUUGGGAUUCAUUCAAGAUGCAAUGCCUUUACGUCUCAAAGAAAUCCACAUGGUUAAACAACCUUUAGUUUUUAAAAUGGUGUGGACAAUAUUUAAACCCGUUAUUAGAGAAAAGUUACGUAACAGAAUAUUUUUUCAUGGAAGUAAAAUGUGUUCUCUUCAUGAAUAUAUAGCUCCUACGCAUCUGCCGAAGGAAUAUGGAGGAGAAUUACCGAAUAUUGAUUAUAAUGGACAGCAAUGGUGGCCAAACAUUGAAGAAAAUUAUGGGCAUUUUGAAACAUGGUCAAAAUUUGGUCUUGUAAAAAAAUAAGCAUUCUAAAGGUUGAAUUAGUAAAAUGUUAUUAUUAUAGGUCUCUAUAUUGUAAUGAAUAUAAUUUAAAUUGUA